AUGAAUACAACUAAUAUUAACCUUGACAGUGAUCCCAGUGCGAUGUCGUUGGACGAACUCUUGCCUCAAGGGUCUUACCAAGACCCAAAUAGCAUAGUUUCUCAGGGAUAUUAUACGAAUCUUCUUUCUUUGUCGAUCAACGAUGACGAAGCUAAUCAGACCGAGUCGAAUGCUAUGUUGCAAGACCCAAAUGACGUAGACUCUCAGGGAUAUCUUUCUUUGUCGAUCAACGAUAACGAGACUAAUCGGACCGCGUCGAAUGCUACGUUGCAAAACCCAAAUGACAUAGUCUCUCUUCUUUCUUUGUCGAUCAACGGUAACAAGGCUAAUCAGACUGAAUCGUUGCCAACAAAUGCUACGUUGGAGUAUUGCCAAGAUGUGUCUAGGUUCGUUGUGAAAUGUGAUGGUAAACAAUUUAUCUCACUUAUACGUGCGAAAGAAGCGACGGACAGCAAUGGAUACAUGCGCUUUAGAGGGGAAUUCACCAGAGCUCUAAAACGGGAGGGGAACGCUUUGUAUAAAAAUCAGCUCGCAAUUUCUAAGUUGACCAGUCUAGCGUGGAAUACCGCUCCUGUCUGCAUUAAAGAUACACUCGCAAACGGUAAAACCACGCAGAGUAUUAAGUGCAAGUGUCAAAGAAAACACAAAACCUUGUUACGACUUAUAGAGCAAUAA